ACUUUUCGAAGAACCAUGACUUUUCUGCUCAUAGCAUUAGUGGGUGUGGCUCUUUCUGCCCCCUCGGGAGGCUUUCCUAAUUUCCUCACCUCCAAAUAUUCUGGACCUGAGUUGAAGCUCCGUCUAGGUCUGUUCCGGCUGCAUGCCAAGGAGAUAGAGGCUCACAAUUCUCUUCCUGACAAGACGUGGGAGGCUGGUGUAAAUGAGUUUACUGCGCUGACUGACGCUGAAAGAAAGCAGUUCCUAGGACUAGGAAAUGUAACUGAGAUCCUCAACUUGCCCGUUUCAGAAGCACCCUUCUCUGCUCUAACAGCUGCCCCUGCCUCCAUCGACCACACGUCACUAAAUCACGUGACCAAUGUAAAGAACCAAGGCGGAUGUGGGUCAUGUAAAUCAUGUUGGGCUUUUGCUGCAGCUGCUUCAUUCGAAGGUUCCUAUGCCAUCGCAACAAAGAAUCUGAAGACAUUUGCUGAGCAGGAGCUUCUCGAUUGUACCUACUCAGAUCCUAGGGAUGGAUGCAAAGGUGGGUGGUAUCAGCAAGCAUGGGGUUACAUUCAGAAUACAGGACGAUUGGGUCUUCUGAGUGAGAUCCCUUACAAAGGCAAGGAUGGAGCAUGCAAUUACUCUGGCAAGAGAAACGGAGCAUAUGACGUUCAAUACCUGGGAUACGGAAGUGUGUCCGGUGAUAAUAACUUAGCUGCAGCUACUGCUCAGUAUGUACCUGCAGUCGCUAUAACAGUAGAGGAUGACUUAUUCAGCUAUAAACACGGCUCGUAUGAUGGUUGCAACACUCCCAAGGGAGUUAAUCACGCUGUAACGGUGGUGGGAUAUGAAGCCGGAUUCUGGAAGGUUAAGAACAGUUGGGGAUCAGGAUGGGGCGAGGAAGGAUACGUACGUAUGGCACGCGAGAAGCCAAGUAUUUGCAAGAUAGCGAAUUAUGUUAAAUACCCAACACUCAAAAAAAUAAAAAACCCUUGGACAAAAGUUACCAACUUCGCAAAUGUGAAAGCACCGUCUUCUUUUAAGAAACUUAGGCUGAAGGUGAAAUGCUUACUUAAGGACGCUUCCGAGAGGAUCAAGCUGUACACCUACAACAAUGGUCAAACAGGUCACAUCGAGCUGAUUGUAGAUGGUCUGAAUCACAAUAAGUUCAACCUUUUCUGUAAGGGAGCUGGAAACCAGGCCUGGUUCGGCGGAGAUCGCUACUUUGGCAACCAGUUCUCAGACAGUCAGCGAGGUGAUUGUGACUCUCAAGGGUACCGGCAGUACGAGUACGAGCAGUUGUCUGAUAGAUACGAGGUUCGUGUUGGGUCCUUUGUCCAGAAGUUUGGUUCCAGUAGCCGGGGCAGGUGUAACGUAAGGUUCAUUAGUGUGGUGUUUCAACUUCACACUAAAGAAUCUACUCACGCUCCUGAGGCCUUCUACAAAUGGGAGGAAUGAACAGUUUGGAGAAUGUUAAAGAAGAAGAAUAACUUUUUGAUUUUAAAAUUAUUUGUUUUAC